CAGAAGAGCCCUCUCCUGCUCCUAGAAUGGUGCGAAUAAUCUCGCGCUCGGAGAAUAACCCGGUCCGGACAGGCAGCGGUAACAUCGUGGAGUGUGUGUCCAUGUACUGUGUGAAUGAGCUGCUGUGUGAGGGAUCGGAGCUGUCUUUUGAGGAGCUCAGAGCCAGACGCUACUUUGCUAAAUGUAGGCAACAGGAGGAACAGCGCCAACUGGCUGAGAAGCAGCGCAGGCUUUGGGAAGAGGAAGAGGAGGUGAGGAAGAUGAAGCAGCUCUUGGAUGAUCUGGAGAUGAAUGUGACUCUACAGCCAGCAGAGCAGAGAAAUCCAGCGAAGGCUUCUCUUACGGGAGCGGCGUUCCACAGAGUUGAAGCCCCUGAGCCAGUGUGGUCCUCCAGGCCUCAGACAGGCCUGCAGUUUCAGACGGAGCACUCCGCAGGGCAUGCUGGGAAAUGGGACAGCAGUGUGGCAGAAGCGAGCCAUCCGCUGACCGCUCCGUUACCCAGUGCAGCCUGCGGCUCCCGACCCGAGAGCGUGAGUGGAUCUAGAGAGAGUCUGCUGGGACAGAUAGAGAGCACAGCAGUGCUGCGGGAUCCCAGCACAUCCCUGAUCCAGAGCAGCUGCUGCGCUGUCCCCGACACCAGAGAGACUGACGCGUGUGAUCAGGGUGAUGCGGAUGCAAAAGCAGACGUGUCAUGUGGCGGGUUCAAUCACUCUCAUGUCACUCCAAACACAUCUCUGGGUUACGCUCAUGCCACACCGUCCCGUGCUCUCCCUUCCCCCACUGUCAACACGCGUGAGGCUUUGGGUGUGAUCAUGGACAUGUUUCAGGCUCCCACCCUCCUCCAGGAGUCCAUGUUCAACAGCACUGUUCAGCCGGAGGACAGCUUUGAGAAGAGCUGCAGAAUCAGCAGCGCCCCCUCAUGUGUUAAAGCUCCCAGCGCAACUCCAUUCAUGAUAUAUCAGGACAGAGAUGAGCAGGAGAACGGAGGUUCUGGCCAGUACCGAAGCAAACCACCACAGAGCCGAGCGCUGAUGGAAGUCCCAGUGUCCAAAGCCAAUGACACUCCAGUCAGCGCAGAGUCCAUCACGGAUGAGAGUACCCUGUGGGCAGCACGUAACGUCUCUGUAGGCCCGUGUCCCAACCACACCUGUGACUUCUCCCUGUCUGCUCAUCUGGUGUCCACACCGCUCCACCCUCAUGCACCGCACUCAUGGGACAUGGAGGAGCUGCAAGAGGAAAGCGCAGGGGUCAGGGGCAUCAGCGGAGCAGAGGAAAACCCGUACAUACGACAGCCCACCAAACUCAGUCCAAUCAUGGAGCAGAGUCCAGCGGAGGAGAAGCCGUCAGAGCUGGCGGAGUGCAGCAUGCAUGCUCAGGGCACUAUUGUUGGGGAAGGAGUGUCAUUAGCUCAGCCGAGUCAAGGGCUUUCUCUGGCCCAACACAGCCAAAGCACUUGCAGCAGCAGACAUCCUCUGGCUGCCCUGUCCUUCCCCGACAACACAGCCCUGAGGACACACGACGAGUCCAUGAGGAGCAGCACCAGACCUAGCUGGAGCAUUUAUCAGAGCCCAGAGAAAGAGCCCACACUCCCAGCGACAGACACCGAUGUUGAUGCUCUCCUGCCGAAGAGGUCCUUUCACAGGUGCAAGUCAGGGAAAAAGCCACUGGAAGAGAACCAGGAUGUCUUCCAUGAGCAAGAUGUCCUCACGAGUCUGAAAGCCGCCCCGGGACCGCACUGGUUCCAGAUGAACAGCUCAACGCACACAGCAGAACCAGAUCUCGAUGUCAUGAGUCCUCCUGCGGUCUCUGGAGUGUCCUGGACCAUCAACCAGAGCCCUGAGGAAGCUCCCGAAACGGACUUCCUGUGGGAGACAAUCCCAGAACCAGUGGGGCAGAAUUCAGAUGUGCUCUCAGCACACGGGGAAGUAGAUGUUCUGCUUCCCAAGAAAUCAUUCCAGCGGCGGAAAUCAGGGGUAAAAGCGCUGCAGGCGUUGCAUGAAUCUCUCUUAAUGAGUCCAAAGCAAGCCCCUAAACCAGCUCAGGAGGAGCCCAGGAGUCCAGAUCUAGGCUGGUUCUGCGCCGACAGCCCACAGCAGCCGAGUGAACCAGAUUUGGAUGUCAUGGCCAGCCCCCCGCAGAGCUCCCGGACCCCAGAUGCCCCCAUGAGCCCGAUGGACACAUCCAGAGCAGUCUGUGUCCAGCUGCUGUCAGACCCCUGGGAUGAGGAGCUGAUCGUGUCUCUGCUCUCCAGCCUGCAGCCUCCUCUCUCCUCCAACCCCAACCUCACCGCCUGGAGCUGUCGCCUGCCCACCAUCACGCCCAAAAUGACCGUCCAGAUUGCUGGAGAGUCGCUGCGAGUGGACUUCGUUCUUGGACAGGGAGCGUUUGCCACAGUGUACCAGGCCACCAACCUCAUGAGCACACAGAAACUCUUCCUAAAGGUGCAGAAGCCAGCGAACCCGUGGGAGUUUUACAUGGACAGCCAGCUGAACGCCCGUCUGCAGCCCAGCGUGCGGCACCUCUUUAACACCAUAUACUCUGCCCACCUCUUCACCAACGGCAGCGUCCUGAUCGGAGAGCUGCACAACUGUGGCACGCUGCUGAGUGCUAUAAACCUGUACAAGAGCCGCAGUGAGAAGGUGAUGCCGCAGCCUCUGGUGCUGUACUUCACCGUCUGCAUCCUGCACAUGGUGGAGCAGCUGCAUCAGGCCAGCAUCAUACACGCCGACAUCAAGCCCGACAACUUCCUUUUGGGAGAGAGGUUUCUGGAGAAUGACUGCUUUGAGCAGGAUCACCUAGAGCACGGCCUGGCUCUGAUUGACCUCGGGCAGAGCAUCGAUAUGACGCUCUUCCCAGAAGGCACUGCGUUCACUGCCAAAUGCAUGACUUCAGGCUUCCAGUGUGUGGAGAUGCUGAGUGGCCGACCCUGGACCUAUCAGACUGAUUAUUUUGGCAUUGCGGGGACGGUCUACUGUAUGAUGUUUGGGACGUACAUGCAAGUUAAACAGGAAGGUGGCAUUUGGAGAACCAAUGGAGUUUUCAAAAGGAACAUUCACGCUGAUCUGUGGCAGGACUUCUUCCACACGCUGCUGAACGUGCCGGACUGCAGCUCUUUGCUGUGUCUGCGCAGCCUCCGCCUGCGAUUCGAUGCCGUCCUGCAGCAGAAUUACAGCAGCAAACUGCGCAGUCUGAAAAACAGGCUGGUGGUGCAGAUCCUGGAGGCUCGCUCCUCACGCAGAUGAUGCUCCUGCUUUCAAAGCUUUGGUCUGCUGUGAACACUGAGGCUUCAUUCAGCCGUAUUCAAACACUGCCACUUUCUGUAGGUGAGACGCUGUCUGUGUAGAAUGAUACACACUGCUUUCUUUUUUCCAUUGCUACUUCAUUUUACUCUGAUGAUUUUAAAUUGUAAAAAAAAAAGCCAAUGAAGCCUUUUGUAGAUUUCAAUAAAUCGUGAUUCAGAA